UGCUAUUUAUGUGAUGUUGCUAUCUUUGACCGGCGAGGCAACAGGCGUAUUACGUGUGCCCUCCUUUCUUCAGGAGCCCCCUCCUCACUUGUUAUUUGGCAACGACACAGGUGCACAAGUAAGUUGUAUGGCACAUGGCAGUCCGCCGCCUGUGGUUACCUGGGUCUUGCGAGACGGCACCGUGGCAACGCAGGUACCCGGACUAAGAAAAAUGUCUGGAAACGGUACAUUACAUUUUCCACCAUUUUUGGCGCAGUAUUAUCGAACGGAUGUACACGAGGCAACAUACCGUUGUCGGGCUAGUAAUGAGGCUGGAACAAUAUUAAGUCGAAAUGUACAGGUGCAAGCAGUGUUGCGUCGUCAGUUUCACGUACAUGUGGAAAAUACUGAAGUUUAUUUGGGAAAUUCGGCAUUGAUUAAGUGCGCCAUACCGGAAUAUGUGCGACCUUAUGUGCGUGUGGCCAGUUGGCAUCGUGGCGAGGACAUACUGCUACCAGAGUCAUCGGAUGUUGCGGGUCGCUACGUGGUUCUGGCUACCACCGGAGAUCUGUAUUUUCGUUCUGUGCACUCCGAAGAUGGCCUGGUAAAAUUCAACUGUCUUGUUACUAAUACUCUGAAUGGGGACCGACAACGUAGUGAUGAGUUCACGCUGCAGGUGAAACAGCUGACCAAGAAAAUGGCUCCGCGAAGCAGUCAAAAACCAGUAAUGGAAAUUGAAGUGGAACGUGGUAACGAUGUGCAUUUGCCUUGCAAUAUUCAGGGCAAUCCAUUUCCCAUAUUCACCUGGUAUCGCGUUUCAGACUCUGCAGCGCUUUAUCCUAUACCAUCGUCUCAACGGUUGAUAAUCUCGCGAACGUUGUUAUUUAUUAAAAAUACUGACGAGCAUGAUGCAGGCAAAUGGGUUUGCCAGGCAUCCAACCAGUUUGGGGAGCAGCGUAUUGAAAUUCGGCUCAGUGUAACUACGUUUGUUUCUGUGCACAUACUGCCGCAGGUACAAAUUGUCAAUUCAGGCGGAACGGCAAUUUUCAAUUGCUCGACAACUGGCUCGACGACCGAUGUCAUUGGCUGGUUGCACAAUGGCAUACCGCUGCAAGCAAAAAAUUCACUCGGCACCGGUCGAGAAAACAUACGAUUCCUAUCAAAGAGUUCAUUACUGGUACAAAAUGUUGGACGACGCGAUCGCGGUGUUUAUCAAUGUCUCGUGGAGAACCAACGAGCGAGUGCGCAGGCCAUGGCUGAGCUAAAGUUGGGCGACACUGUGCCUGAAUUGAUUUACACAUUUAUUGAGCAGAAUGUGCGCCCGGGCCCAUUAAUAUCGCUUAAGUGUUCCGCUAACGGCUCACCGUCGCCACAAUUCGCUUGGCUUCUGGACUCGCAGCCCAUUAUGGAUGUGUCCCUGCAUCAUCGCUUUGCUAUUGGACAAUUUGUCGACAUGACUGGUGAUGUAAUAAGUUAUUUAAACAUUUCACAUGUGCGCCCAGACGAUGGCGGUCUUUAUAGGUGUGUUGCAAGCAAUUCGAUGGGCCACAUUGAGCAUUCGGCCAGGUUGAAUGUUUAUGGACCUCCGUAUGUACGAGCCCUUGGAGCCGUAAAAGCCGUUGCCGGCGAAGACAUAAUUAUGCGAUGUCCAUUCGCAGGCUACCCUAUUGAACAAAUUCGUUGGGAAAAGACGCAUCAGGAGCUAACAACAAGCCAACACUAUAAUCUGGCUUCAGUGCAUGAGGGCGGGCAACUUGUCAUUAAGAAUGUAGAGCCUAGUCGAGAUCAGGGCAUCUACACGUGCAUUGUGCGCAGCCGAGCUGGUGAAGAAGCACGCCGGGAUGUGCAAUUGAAUGUCAACAGUCCCCCAGUCAUUGAGCCUUUUAAGUUUCCAAAAAACCUUCAGGAAGGCGGUCGCGCUCAAAUUACAUGCGCGGUAUCGUCGGGUGACAUGCCAAUCUACUUCAGCUGGAAAAAAGAUGAACAUACUCUACCUAGUAGCCUGCAAAUAAAUGAAAAGAAAGAAGAAUUUUAUUCGCUGUUAGUGUUCAAGGAUAUCAGCGCCAGACACAGUGGCAAAUACACGUGUUACGCCAGCAAUGCCGCAGCUAAGGUGAACUAUACAGCGGACCUACAAGUGAGGGUGGCACCACGUUGGAGCCAUGAGCCCAUGGAUACUUCCAUUAUGUUGGGCAACACAAUAUCGAUAAAUUGUGAGGCGGAAGGAUAUCCGAUUCCAACUAUUACUUGGUUUAAAGGACAGGGCAAAGCCUUCAAGGACUUCAAAUCAUUGAGUAUGCGUAAUCACUCGCUUCUACUGAACCUGGCUACAGAUAAUGAUGAAGGCUACUACAUGUGCCAAGCGACCAACGAAAUUGGGACUGGGCUAAAGAAGAUAAUACGCAUUCAUGUGAAUGAACCAGCGCGAUUUGAGCAGUCCGAACGAAAUGUUAGCUCGCGUCGUAACGACCCAAUAACAUUGGACUGUCGGGCAAAGGGAGACGAGCCCAUCAGCAUUGUCUGGACUCAUAACAAUGGACGCGUUGAUCUUAAUAACUUUCGUUAUAGCAUUGCUGAGAUGAAAAACGAGAGAGGUGUGGAUUCGCAGCUGACUAUUGCACACUCAGAACGCCAUGAUUCGGGCGCUUAUCGCUGUUCAGCGGAAAAUCCGUACGGACGUGCCGAGCAAAUAAUUUUUCUCGCCGUUCAAGAGCGACCUGAUACACCGUCUAAUUUAGAGGUUUUCGAAGUAGGUUCGCGCACCGUUAAACUCAGCUGGAGGCGUCCCUUCGAUGGUAAUUCGCCAGUGCUCAGUUAUUUGGUACAGUAUCAGCCGCUCAAGUAUAUGCAGUCACUCGCGGUAGGAUCCGCAGGUAGGAACUGGAAUACUAACAAUGUCAUCAAUGUCACUCUGCCUUCAACGAGCAUUAGUCGCAGUUAUGAUAGUGAUCUACGCGAAAAUGCUAUUGUGGCAGGCCUCUCCCCAGCCACGACUUUUCUUAUACGCAUGCAGGCCAUCAACGAGAUAGAACGUAGCGCCUAUACGGAUGCGAUUGUACUGAAAACACAGGAGGAGGCGCCCACAGAGGCUCCAUCUAAUGUACAGGUGCAAACUGGGGGGGAAAGCGAGUUGAUUAUAAUCUGGCAGAUACCGCCCCGCAAAUCGUGGAACGGAGAGCUUAUUGGUUACACUAUUAAUUGCAGCGAAGAGAAGCAAAAUAUUAAUUAUAUAAGCGUGGUGAAUAAUUCCCUGAAGUCAGUAAUUGUCAACGGUUGGGCCACCACUAAAGCCACUCUGCGUGGUCUGCGAAAGUACACACGCUAUGCAGUCACUGUACAGGCUCUUAACAGUUUUGGCUCUGGGCCCUGGAGCGCAACCAUCUUGGGCACUACCGCAGAAGGUGUGCCAGAGGCUGCUCCGCAAAAUGUAACCUGCUCUGCAUUAUCAUCGCAAAGUCUAAAGAUAUCAUGGUUGGAGCCUCCUCUGCAACUCCAUGGUGGCAUCAUACAGGGCUAUAAAAUUUUAUAUCGUCCAAUAAAGCAUCAAAUUGACUUCCCUACCAAAAUGGAAAUUAAACGCACAUCAAACCUUGAAACUUAUCUGCACACACUACUCAAGGCCACAAACUAUUCAAUUCGUGCUCUGGCUUACACAUCUACAGGCGAUGGCCUAGCGAGUCAGCCAUUGUUUUGUCAAACCGACGACGAUGUGCCGGAUGCUCCUGCUGCUAUUAAAGCUGCUGCCUUAACAGCCGAUUCAAUUUUAAUUUCAUGGCUGCCGCCAAAGAAUCGCAAUGGAAUUAUAUCUCAUUACACUGUGUAUGCAAGAGAGGUGGGUCGCAAGGGACAAACAAAAACCCACUUGGUGCGAGUGGACGAGCACGGCUAUCCGGUCACAUUUGAAGCGCGCAGUCUUGCCGAGAAUCAAAUGUACGAGUUUUGGGUCUCCGCAUCCACUUCGGUGGGCGAGGGUGAGCCUACAUCUGUGGUCGCUCAGGCCACAAAUACACGAGCACCUGCACGCAUUGCCUCAUUUGGUCAAGUGGUGCAUAAAGCGGUCGGCACAAGGCUCGUGCUUGAGUGCAUGGCUGUUGGCAACCCUACGCCGCGUGCACGGUGGUUAACCCGUGAUCGCCCUGUUACUUUCAGUCCAUUUUAUGAGGUCACCAAUGAGGGCAAUUUGAAAAUACACCGCGUUGAAGACAGUCUGUCCGGAAAUUAUUCGUGCACGGCGAACAAUCUAUUUGGUGGUGAUGAAAUACAAUAUCAGAUGAUUGCUAUGAAGCCCCCCAGUGCACCACAAAUCAUCGUGCAGUACGCUUCCGCUGACAGCAUUCGUGUCAGUUGGGAUGCGCCGGAGGAUGGUGGCGCACCGCUGCAGGGUUAUACGGUUUCGUAUCACGCAUCCGGCGAUAGUUGGGUACAGACUGAGCUGCUGCCGGAGAAUAACGCUUACACUAUAACUGGCUUGAAAUGUGGAAAUCAGUACAUUAUAAAAAUGUCGGCUUAUAAUAUGGUUGCCACUGGUGCGUCCAGCGAGGAAAUUAAUGUCUGGACUAAAGGAAAAGCAUCCCAAGCACCAAACGGCAAUGAGCUAAUUGCCACAAAUUCAACGUGCAUAAAUUUAAAGUUGUCUUCUUGGCACAAUGGCGGUUGUGCCAUACAUCAUUUCUCCAUUGAGCACCGUCCACUAGGCGACAUACGCUGGACAGUUGUUACAUCGGAUAUUUCCAACGCUGAGGAAAAUCGUGAAAAUUUAAUAUUUUGUGACUUUCUGCCAGCUAAGUGGUAUCAGCUGCGCAUCUCGGCUACCAACGAUGCCGGAAAAACCACGGAGCAUUAUCAUUUCAGUACAACGAGCAUUGAUGGCAUCACAAUUUCACCACCUCCUGUGAUUGCUUCGGAAUACGAUUUGAUGGACAAUCUGAUAAAUGCAACAAAUCCAACGAACGGUGAUUGGUUGGCAACGUUUAUCGUUAUUGUUAUAAUCACAGUAACCAUAAUAACUAUCGCACUAACUAUUAAGCACCGCAGUACACUCUGUGGCCCUAUAGCUGAGGGGUAUGAGUCUCGAGCGAUACCCAGUGAUUACAAAGAGGAGCAAGAAAAUCGUCGCAACCAGCAGGUUUACAGCGCCUCUCCGGUUAAAACAGUGGACAAAGGUAACGAGUCGGAAAUGUACGAGAUUUCGCCAUACGCAACGUUUAGCGUGAAUGGUGGAAGGACUGGCGCACCGGCGAAGACACCAACACGUGGUCUGGCGGGACAAACGCCACAUGACUACACCAUGCAAUUCAAAACAUUUGGCCACCCAGAAGGGGAGAAUCUCAAUGCAACGGCCUACCCGCUGCUACCCAACGCGAGCUUUGGACAUGUGGUGGAAAGGCCAAGUUGGUACAAGCAGCGCAAUUAUAAUACCGAAGAUGAAUCUACCCUGAGCAAAUCUAUGACCAUUGUAGCUGGUUCGCAGUGUGGUCAUUCGAAAAAAUCAAGCGUGGGCCGCCACACUAAAAUCGGUAGUGCUGGAGUGGUGGCCGAUUCUGAGUCUGACACGAGCAUAAGCCCCAACACGGAAUUCUCGAACAUGCCUACCUAUCGAGUUCCUUGCAAAUCUACUCGAGGAAGUGAUGGACGCGUUGUUGUUGAAAUGUUUCAGCCCGAUUCAAGCACAGAAUCGAAUAAUGAUCAGUUAUCGCCGGCUUUGGAGCGAAGACUAAAUACACCGCGACACGUUGGUAUGGCAGUAGUGAGUAGGAGCGCCGUACAACGCAGCCGGAAGAAUGCAUCACAGCUAGGCAACCAAACGUUGGAGCGACGAAAGUGCCCUGAUAGUAACAACAGUGUAGGCAGUGGAGGAGCGACCACAGCAUCGUUGGACGCUUCAAUAGCCCCUAUAACGAUCGGCGAUUUGAUAGGCGGUUUUCGACCACCGGUUGCAUUUAAUGAUGCACGCGAAUUUGGUGACCAGGUUGAGUCUGAACGAGAGCAACGCGCUUUGGACUUAGAAGUGCAACGCGUGAUGGAAAAUACCAGCGAGGCUCAGCUAGCGAAAAUGGAUCGUGAAGAACUUACAUCACUAUUAGCAAGAUAUCACGAGAAGAAGGAACAGGAGUUCCGCAAAACGUAAAUUUAAAGACUGGGCAGUUGCAAAUACCACAGAUCAUUACAUCGAUACCGAUACAAUUACACACUCAACUGUGGCAUUUAAAUGCAUUUACUUAAUCAUUAGUCAUUAGAAUCUUGCUAAUACAAAUUAAAGACUAUGCAAAUCUGAAUGUAAACUAAUUGACUAUAUAAGUAUAAGUUCGCUCACUGCGGUAAUAUUUUAAAGUUGUAAGUGAUUUUUGUACAUCCUUUUAACGUCUGCUUUUUUGAUAAACAUAGAUUAUUUAAAUAAGACUUUAACAAAAAGUA